AUGCGCUUGCUACCCUGCAUGAAAGGCUACGACGAAGACCAGGAGCACUCAAUUGAGAUAGACCGACAGAUAAAGCAAUGGAUUAAAAAUUAUAACGGUGCCAUAAAACUUCUGCUAUUGGGUACGGGGGAGAGCGGGAAGACAACAAUCAUAAAACAAAUGAAGAUAUUACAUGUGCACGGAUUCUCUGCGAGCGAAAGGAAAGAGAAGAUUAAACAUAUAAAAUUCAAUAUCCACGAAUCGAUAUACGAGAUAGUUCACAGCAUGUCCCGUCUGAGCAUCGCUCUGCAGAAUCCGAGGAAUGUGCAAUCGCAACAGUACAUACUGAAGAUGGGUAGUGAGGGUCCUGCGGAAUACACCGAGGACUAUUUUGACCACGUCCGGUCGCUGUGGAGAGACGGCGGGGUCAGGGAAUGUUUUAGACGAUCAAACGAAUAUCAGCUCAUUGAUAGCGCCGAAUAUUUCCUGGACAGGAUAGAUUUGAUAGAGAAAGAAGACUACAUUCCGUCGGACAGCGAUAUACUUAGAUGCCGUCAGAAAACGACGGGGAUCCAAAAAAUUGAGUUCAAAGUCAAGAUACCGAAGUCGAUGCAGGGCGGCGUACAAGACUUCUGGAUGUUCGACGUGGGCGGCCAGAGGGGUGAAAGGAAAAAGUGGAUACAGGUGUUUGAAGGUAUCAACGCGAUCUGGUUCCUGGUGGCUUGUAGCGACUUCGACCAAACUUUGAGGGAAGACAACACCACUAACAGAUUGCAGGAGUCCUUGAACCUCUUCGAAGACGUAUGGCAAAGCAGGUUUCUCCUGGAGGCUGGGCUGAUCGUGUUCCUCAACAAGCAGGACGUGCUGGAGGCGAAGGUGUCCCGGGGCCGCUCGCCCGCCACCCACUUCCCGGAGUACUCCCGGUACGAAGCGCCCGGGGACGAGUACACGAGGACCAAGCUCUUCAUACGGAGUCUGUUCGUCGACUUGACCAAGAGGCAGCGGCAGCGCGCCGUGGCCGCCUCGGCUGAGCGCUUCGUCGUUGGUGAGGCCCACAGGCCCCGGGAGUGCUACUUCCACUUCACGACUGCCACCGACACUGACAAUGUCCGGACCGUCUUCAGAGACGUGCACCAGAUCAUACUGACGCACGUGCUCAAUAAUAUAGGCGUUUAUUGA